AUUUCAAAGCUCAGUUUCCCUUAUCCAUUCUGAGACACUACAUUUCGUCCAAACUCAUCCCAUGAAUCUCCGACUACAACCGCAACAACCACCGACAACAUCAUCAAUGACAACAUUUUCAACUGAAUUCUUGUCACACACUCUCAAUUUCAGAAACCAUCCAAACCGCACUUCUCGCCAUUCAAACCCCAACUUCGUCACUUCCUCAACCCCACUUCUAAACGAAGGCAACACCAACAACCGAAGAACAAGAAUCAACCAAGAACGAUUCAGGGUCAAUGAAACAAGGCCCAAACUUGAUCAAAAUUACCAUUUUCGAGACACCAAUUUAAUGAAAGCUCUCGACAGGUCAUGCAAAUCAGGUAAGUACGAUGAGUCUCUCUACUUACUUCAGCAAAUGGUUAAUAGGGGUUAUAAUCCUGCUGUUGUUCUCUGCACAAAAUUGAUUAAGGGUUUUUUCAUUUCUAAGAAAAUCGAGAAAGCUAUUCAGGUUUUGGAGAUUUUGGAGAAGCACGGUGAGCCUGAUGUUUUUGCUUAUAAUGCUGUUAUAAACGGGUUUUGUAAAUCUGAUAGAGUUGAUGCUGCCAAUAAGGUGCUUGAUAGAAUGAAAAAGAGAGGUUUGGCUCCUGAUGUUGUUACUUAUACUAUUCUUAUUGGGAAUCUUUGUGGGAGGAGUAUUGAUGAAGCUAUGAAGCUUUUUGAUGAGAUGUUGUCGAGAGGGCUUCGACCUGAUGCAUAUACUUAUACUAUUCUGUUGAAGAGUCUUUUGAAUGAAGGGAAAUGGGAAGCGGGAAAGAGUUUGAUGUCGGAUAUGUUGGAUAAAGGUUGUGAGCCGAGUUCUGUGACAUACAACAUGUUGAUUGGCUCGCUUUGUCGUGUUGGUAAAACUGGCGAGGCUGAGAAUGUAUUGAAGAAUAUGAAGAAGAGAGGUUUGGCUCCUGAUGUUGUUACUUAUACUAUUCUGUUGAAGAGUCUUUUGAAUGAAGGGAAAUGGGAAGCAGGGAAGAGUUUGAUGUCGGAUAUGUUGGAUAAAGGUUGUGAGCCGAGUUCUGUGACAUACAACACGUUGAUUGGCUCGCUUUGUCGUGCUGGUAAAAUUGGUGAGGCUGAGAGUGUAUUGAAGAAUAUGAAGAAGAGAGGUUUGGCUCCUGAUGUUGUUACUUAUACUAUUCUUAUUGGGAAUCUUUGUGGGAGGAGUAUUGAUGAAGCUAUGAAGCUUUUUGAUGAGAUGUUGUCGAGAGGGCUUCGACCUGAUGCAUAUACUUAUAAUAUUCUGUUGAAGAGUCUUUUGAAUGAAGGGAAAUGGGAAGCGGGGAAGAGUUUGAUAUCGGAUAUGUCGGAUAAAGGUUGUGAGCCGGAUUCUGUGACAUACAACACGUUGAUUUCUGCUUUUUGCAAAGAAGGAAAAGUAAAUUUGGCUAUAGAGUAUUUGGAUAACAUGAUAUCAGAUGGUCGUUUGCCUGAUAUUGAUUGCUAUAACUUGAUCUUGGCUUCUCUGCGUAACAGUGGACAAGCUGGUGAGGCUUUGAACAUCUUUGAGAAGCUCGGUAAAGUGGGUUGUCCUCCAAAUGCAAUUUCUUAUCAUAUAUUGUUUGGUGCACUGUGGAGCAGCGGCAAUAAAAUUGGAGCGUUACGGAUGAUUUUGGAGAUGUUAAGCAAAGGCAUUGAUCCUGAUGAGUUCAUCUAUAAUUCACUUAUUUCUUACUUGUGCAGAGAUGGAUUGAUGGAUCAGGCAAUUGAGUUGCUGGUUGACAUGAUGGAGAGUCGCAAGUUUCAGCCUACUGUUAUUAAUUACAAUGCUGUUAUUCUUGGAUUGUGCAAGGCGCAAAGAGUCAUAGAUGCUAUUGAGGUGCUUGCUGCUAUGAAUCAGAGAGGAUGCUUGCCAAAUGAAACAACCUACAGAUUGUUGAUUCAAGGGAUUGGGUUUGGAGGAUGGCGAAAUGAUGCGAUGGAGUUGGCUAACUCACUUGUUAACAUGGGUGCUAUAUCGAAAGAUUCAUUCAAAGGUUUGAACAAAACGUUUCAUGCGAUUGAUGCGCACAAAGAGCUUGCAGUAUCAGAAUGAAGUAACUUCAUGGGCAUAAAAUUGAUAUAUAUAUAUAUAUAUAUAUAUAUAUAUAUAUAUAUAUAUAUAUAUAUAUAUAUAUAUAUAUAUAUAUAUAUAUAUAUAUAUAUAUAUAUAUAUAUAUAUAUUGCAUUUGCUUUGUAAUUUUUAGUAGCGUGGGAACAGUGUAGAAUCAUUCUUGUAAUCGUUUUUCAAUUGAGUAAAAAUUAGUUCUAACUUUCCCUCUCUUCUUCCAUCUUCAUCUUAUUCCGCUGUGCGUAAAAGUGUUGAGCGUGAUGAUUUACCUGUCCCUGAUCAAGGGCAUGGAAAUGGUUAGCAUCCAAAGUUGUCAUAGUUUUGUUGCAUCCUUUGUAAUUGUUGCAUCCUGCAUCAUGUUGAUUUUUUAGAAAAGCUCGAAUAUAUUAAUUAUUAAACA